GCACCCAUAACACAAGAACUCAAAAAAGCACCCAAAAAAAAAAAGUAAGGCAGAGAGUUUCCAUUUUUUCUUCACCCAUCACAAAAAAUUUAGUGAGCCUUCAGAGUUCUCAGAUCUGGUUAAUCUUCUAGUAAUUUGUUUUCUCCCCCUAAUUUUUCUCUGCAACACCCCGUUUUCUGGUAUCCCCUUUCUGUUAAUUAUCUGUCUUUUUGGUUUGAAAGUUUUGAUCUUUGGGAUUUAUUGAAUUUGAAUGCUUUAUUAUUAUAAACUUUCUAUUUAUGGAAAUUUGUAUGAACCAAAAAUCAAACUUUUAAGUGAAGAUAGGUGUUUUCAGAAGUGAGAUCCACUUUUUUUUAUAAGAUUUCUCAUUGAUUUUUCAACUUAGAGGGUGAAUUUUUGUUCCCUCAAAGUUGGGUUUUUUAAUUUUAUAAAGAGAAGAGAAUUCUAUUUGUUUCUCCUUUCUCUUGCUUUUGUAGAGAUUAAUUUUUAUUUUUUUUUUAUAAAAAUCUGUUCUUGAUUUUUCAUAAGAAACAGGUUGAAUUUAUUUUUCUUUGAAUUUCAAUUUCUAAAAAAAUUAAAAAAAAAAAAAAAAUUAAAUCUUGGGUAAUUUCUAAAAAUGGCAACUACAAUGGAUAUGAUUUAUAGUAGUAGUAGUGAUUGUGCAGGUUGUUUAGACCCACUUGGGAAUGAACUCAUGGAAGCUCUUUCACCUUUCAUGAAAACCAGCCCUUCUUCAUCUCCUCCUCCUUCUUCCUCUCUCUCUACUCUUCCAGAACAUUCCACCAUUUCUUCAACCUCAACCUCAACCACCCAAUCAUAUUCUUCCACCUCAUUUUCUCUCUCCUCUUUUCCUCAAGAUCCAACUUCUUUCUUCCAAGAUGGUUAUUGCUAUUCACAGCAAGCCCCCUUUUUUGGGCUCAACCAUCCUGACCCAUCUACUUCUCUUGGGCUUAACAACCUCACACAAGCCCAAUUCAACUACCCAAUAGCCCAAUUCAACUACCCACAAGCCCAACAACAAGUAACCUACUCAUACCCACCUCCACUUCCUUCAUACCAGUCUACAAACAUGAACAGUUUUCUCUCUCCUAAGCCCAUACCCAUGAAACAAUCGGGUACCCCACCAAAGCCCACAAAGCUUUAUCGGGGUGUCCGACAACGUCACUGGGGAAAAUGGGUGGCUGAGAUUAGACUCCCUAAAAAUAGAACCCGACUUUGGUUGGGUACUUUUGAUACAGCUGAAGAAGCUGCUUUGGCUUACGACAAAGCAGCUUAUAAGCUUAGGGGUGACUUUGCUCGACUAAAUUUCCCAAAUCUUCGUCAUGAAGGUGCCCACAUUGGUGGUGAAUUCGGCGAGUACAAACCCCUUCAUUCUUCUGUUAAUGCUAAACUUGAGGCUAUUUGUGAGAGUUUGGCUAAACAAGGGAAUGAGAAACAGCAGGGGAAAUCUGGAAAGUCGAAGAAAACCAAGGGUGUUGUUACUGUCACCUCAUCGUCUUCUUCAUCAUCUUGUUCUUCUUCUCUUGUUGCGGCUGCUUCGUCUUCGAACGAUGAUCAGCCGCAGCAGCAGCAGCAGCAGAUGCCUGAUGUUGUUAAAGCCGAAUGCGCCUCCGAUAGCGAGGUGGGAUCUGGUGGAUCUUCGCCGUUGUCGGAUUUAACAUUUGGUGAUGCUGAUGAUUUGGGGGUGGAGAAUUUGAAUUACUUGCUUGAGAAAUGCCCUUCUCAUGAGAUUGAUUGGGAUGCUCUUUUAUCAUCUUGAAUUUGUUUUGUUAUACUAGUAUAAUCAUUAGGAAGUUUAAGUUUAAGUUUAAUGUGUCAUCAGAUCACUAGUAGUCUUAUUAUGUUUUAUGUGUAAAUUUUUCUUUUUCCUUGUUAGGUUUUUAGUGGGUAGUCAGGGGAGUCAUCUCUGCAAUGAAGUUUUUGGCAAUUGUAGAGGCUCCAAAUUUAUGUACACCCCAUGAUUAAGGCAAGUGUUUUUUUGAUCUUGCCUUUGAUCAUUGAAGGGUAGCUUUUUUUUUUUGUUAAUCUAAUGUUUUUUUUUGUUCAUAGUAGAUGGAUCUAGAAUUGUAAUUUGAUGACCAUUAUUAGUGAAGUAUUAUGUUAUUAUCUUGUAUUAUUAUUA